GCCAAAGGUGUUCUUGUUGGGUUUGGAACGGUUUGGAAUUGAGAACGAAUUUUCGUCGUCGUGGUUCUGUUCCUUAUUAUUUAAUGCUAUUGGAAUUCCAUAAAAAAACAGAAGAGUCAUGAAUUCUUCAUUGAAAAUCGAUAGAAAGUGCAUAGCUGAAGCUGUUUUACCAUCACAGGAGCCAUUAUUGGAUUUUUCAGCUGGAUAUGUGUUACCUGAUGAAAUUUCUCUACCUUCUAUUAACCUCGAAGAAAUUGGAAAUAUCGACAUAACUUUAUCUAUUCUGGAUGCUGAAAGAUUGAAUAAGGCUUUUUUAGAAAGACAGCAAGAUGCAGGUGCCUCACCAACUCUGUUCCCUUCCUCAGGGAAACACACUUUUGAAAAGUGUUCUGAUAAAAUGAUUUUAUCAACACUAGAGAACUUCGACAUAAGUUCUCUAGUCAUCAAGAUGUUAGGAUUACCUGUAUCUAAAUCUAUGGAUUUUAAAGCAAAGUUUGAUAAGCUGAUGCUGUUUGAGGUAGAUGGGCAGUACACUCAUACCUUUGAUUCAGGAAAAGAAUCUGGAACAUUCGGUACGGCGAUUCUUCAGUUGCCCGUAAAUGGAGGACACGAUGGUGGAAAUUUUAAUUUAGAAUAUAAAGGAAGGAAAGCCACCUAUGAAGAUCAGGUUGAUAGCCAUAAGCUUUCCUCUCUGUCUUCGUUUUACGACAGCUGCCACUAUGUAAUGAAGCCGAUUACGCGAGGCUGGAAGUUGACACUCGUCUUCAACCUGGUGUGGACCAAUUCCACAAUUGUGAUGCCAACCGACUUCUUAGUCUUUCUGAAAUCACUGAAGAAAUUAGAAGAAGCACUCAUUUCUUGGGUUCCCCAGCGAAAAGAAGAUGUAUUUUCUACCGAAGUUCAACAAUUGCUCAAAGAAAACGUCAAAAUCCCACUUAUUACUUGGAUUGACGAUAAAAUCGUUUCAUGCAAUGAGAAAGCAGAAGACACGAAUAUUGAAGAUUCUGAAGACUCUGAAAACUCUGAAAAUGACGAUAAUUCUGAAAACGAAUCCGAUUCCGACCCUUCCGAUUUUUGGUAUGACGACGAAACAGAUUGCCAUUGCGAUAAAAAAAUCUCAACCAGGAAAUGUGAAGAAGAAAAUGUAUUGUUCUUUGUUCUUGGAGAAAAGUAUUUUGAGAAUAGUCUCAUGUUUCAUCACCUUCAAGGGAACGACCGAAUCUUGGCUGAUCUUCUCCGAUGCUGCCCUUUUAUCGACGUGCACCUAGCGAAAGCUACGUAUAUCAAACCGAUUGCUAGAAAAACAACAGGUGGGAUGGCACCAGAAGAAAAAACGAAUACAAAAAUAUCGCGUUGGAUGGAUUCGAACAGUGCUGUCAAAGAUCUGAAAAUCGACGAGCUGAACUGGAGCGAGAAAUGUGUUGGCCCCAUUCGAAACCUGCUGGAACCAUGUAGCAUUCAACCAGACAAGAAAAUCAAAUUCAGGAGACUAAAUUCAGAAGAAUGCAAUUGUCAGAAUGGAUGCCGUUGCAGGGGAAAAUCAAUUAGAAUUCGUCAGAAGAUUUACUUCCAUACAAUACUGGUUAUAUGGCCUAAACAUCUAUCCAUUAGAAUGUACUGUCGUUAUGGACUUGCCAUGCUGUUGAACGACCUUGAAAGUUCGUUGACUUCCGCGCUUGGAUGGCAGACGCUCACUCAACAGCAGCUUGCACAAGAUUUAAAUAAGACCGUCGAAUAUUGCUGCACCUAUCCCCAAAGAAUCUGGACCCAGUCAACUUUCAGAAACGGCGAGUUAACGCUGAGAUUACUCCGUCUCUGCAUCGCCUUGCGAGCACGUAAAGAAGGUCUCGAGAUAUUAAAGAUUCUUGGGUCCGAAUUCGAGAUUAAAAAGAAGAAGAAAACAUUGAAGACUUUUGAAGGCAUCCAGAAUGAGCAAGUAGCUCAAGCAGUCGUCGAAUUCGUCUGCCAAAGCAAUGGUUGGGGCGAUUGCAUUGAUCUGAUCAGAGGACUGAUUACUACUCAUCGAAUUUUCAAACAAUUUGUACCGAUUACUAAAAUGAUCCAGUACUUUCUUGACGUCAAAUGCGUGAAAGGAGCUAUGCUGAUUGGAGAUUGUUGUAGCGUCGUCGAUGACCAACAUUGACCAGAAAGGAGCUGCCGUUCUCAAACAGUCAGAUGUAGCUUUAUACGUGGAUGCAAUUGUAUCUUUGGAGGCGUACCCGGAAGCCU